AUGUUCCACGGUUACGAGAUUGGACGAAAUGAUGGCCUAAUAUUUCAGCAUCAAGAAUGCUCUGCGAUGGUAGAUUUCCUAGACCCGAUCCUCGAUGACAACAUAGCCUACCGUGCCACCCAAAUAUGCAAGGAUUUGAGCGAUCGCAUGGAAAUAUAUGGCUUCGGAGCCGUGUAUCUUGCCCGAGAUAACUGUGGCCCCGCAGACGAUCCACGAACCGUCCGACAUUUUGCAGUGAAGGUCGAGCGGCAUAGUACCCUCUACAGUGAUGAAUACUUUGGGACGGCCCCUGUGGCGGCAAUUCAUGAUUAUGCCAACGAGGCGAGGUACAUUCCUACUGAAGCGCUGUAUCUUCUUUUUCUCACAUGCAGUGACAGAUUCCCGAAACUCGACUCCGUCUACAUCCAUGACCGUUAUCAGGCGAUCGUGAUGUCUGCAUGCGUUGAUCCCGCGCUCGACCGAUGGAGCAAACGGUUGGCAUCCCACGAGCCGGUUUUCCCGGCUUUCAUGGGCGCAUACCUGAUGCCCGGCGAUAAUAGACCCAUUCUCGACGAGAUGGCGGCUUGUAAAGUUGCCUCGCAGCUUCUUCAAGCCCUUGUUGAUAUGGCGCAGAUCAAUCUUGUCCAUGAUGACUUGUCAGUCAAUAAUUUUGUUAUUGACCAAAAUCUGAACGUUCAGCUUAUCGAUUUAGGAAAUGUCUGUUUUGGACUCGAUGACGAGGACUUUGUUUGCGAAAUGUAUCCAUAUUUGCCAUUCCAGGAGUACCAAAUGCUACCGGAACUAGCCGAGAGCAUGUUCCGCCCGGAGAAUCGCGAACGUGACUGGUCGGAAAAUAUAUGGGUCGAUUUCAACAGUGAUGUUCGCCAAAUCAUGUUGUGGAAGUUCGGUGUGAUUGUUUAUGGGCUUCUACAUGGUUACUGGCCAUGGGAUGAUCCUCCUUAUGGAGGACAUGAGUGGCAGUUGCUGGAUUAUCGAGGGGGGGCAAGUAAGAGAAUCCAUGAUCGACGACUAAGGAUUAUAUGUGAGGCUCUGCCCAUUCGAGAAGAUUUGUCACAGGAUUGCAAGGAUGUGCUGCGUCAUCUUUUUCAGAAAGACCCUGCCAAGCGUCCAUCAUUGGAAACCAUGACGAUGUAUCCCUGGUUCUCCCAGUGGUCCUAUCAGAAUCGCGUUUAUGAACGGCCUUUUUCGCAGGACUUUCAAGACGCCUACUGUCGGUCUACUCGAUAG